AUGAGUACAGAUGUCACCAAUAAGGUCCCAUGGAAGGAGCUGCUGAGGAACAAAUGGAAAGACUUAAAGAAAAUGGCAUCUUUGUGGGAAAAGAUCCAAGAAAAUAAAGGGAAUAUAGAGGCAGAGAACAGAAAGAAGAGUCUAUGGACAGACUACUUGACACUGCGAGAGCAAAUGGUCAGGGCAGAGUAUAGGAGACUGUGUCCUGUCCGGGGUCAAGAUGAAGAGCAACAUAUUGAGUCUAUGCAAAAUGAAGGCCAACAUGUUUUAGAGAAGCUCAGGAGAAGAGAAGCCAUGAUGGACCAAAAGAGCCAACAGCUAAGAGAAAUGUAUCAGGAGCUGAUGGCAAUGUCCCAGGAGCCACAUGAGCUACUGCUCCAGGGUUUGGAUGACAUGUUCAGGAGAAGUGAGUCAAUGCAGCAGCAGCUGAGCAUGCCCCAGACUCUGAAUCUAGAGCUCACCUCUCUACCCAUCAGUGGACUGACUGAAAGCUACAGCCACUUCCUAUUCAACUUUGUCUUUGAAUUUACAAGCAUUUGCCCUGACAAUGUGAAGCUCUUCAAUGUCAUGAGAAGAUGCAGCUUCAGACCUCACGGUGAGGAUAGAUCUGUGGAUUCUGCUAGAUCCUAUUUGGCUUCCUGGGGACCAGAAUGCUUCAUCGCAGGGAAAUAUUACUGGGAGCUGGAUUUGAACAAUUCCUGGAACUGGACUGUGGGGGCCUGUAAGGAUUCCUGGAUUAGCAACAGAAACCAGCUCAUUGAAUCUGAGGGUGCCUUUCUUCUGGUGUGUGUGAAGGAGGGUGAUCAUUACAGUCUCCUCACCACAUGCCCAGUAUUCCAGCACUAUAUAGAGAGACCACUGGGUCGGAUUGGUGUGUUCCUCGAUUGUGAGGAGGGUAGUUUAACUUUCCUGAACUUUGCCAAGAGUUCUCUCAUACACAAAUAUGCUCCUGGCACCGUCAAUCCCUCUGUCAGGCCUUUCUUCUCCACUGGCCCCAUGUGA